UCAGUACUGCUUCACUAUUUUCUUAAGAAUGUUCUGUGCACAUCUUAUUAAUUGAAUGGGUGGACAAGCUUUAGGUUAAAUAUUUGCUUACACACGCAGACGCACACAGCCAAUCUCCGUCACACUCCUCCAGCCGUCACCGACGGGAGCAAAGCUGGGAGGAGGGAACAGCGGGAUCGGAACACUUUAGCCUCCGCUGCGUCGACACAUAUAACCACCUGGGUUAACGUAUUUAUAUGUGCAUGUUCGUUUUUUUACCCACGGAAAAAUCGUGAACAUAACGGGGGUGCUGGAUACCAGGAGGACGGCAUGGGAGAGCACACGGCGUUUCUGCUGUUACUGUUGGCGACCUUGACGCUUUCAUCCGAGGUGCCCGCUGAUGACUCUGUGGGUUUACUAACUGAACCCCAGGUUGCCAUGUUCUGUGGGAAGCUCAAUAUGCACAUCAAUGUGCAGACUGGCAAAUGGGAGUCUGAUCCUUCUGGCACUAAGAGCUGCAUCGGCACCAAGGAGGGCAUCCUGCAGUACUGCCAAGAGGUGUACCCAGAGUUGCAGAUCACAAAUGUUGUGGAAGCCAACCAGCCUGUCAGCAUCCAGAACUGGAGCAAGAAAGGCCGCAAGCAGUUCCGCAGUCACACACACAUUGUGGUGCCAUACCGCUGCCUGGUUGGGGAGUUUGUGAGCGAUGCCCUGCUUGUUCCUGACAAGUGUAAGUUCCUGCACCAGGAGCGUAUGGACCAGUGUGAGAGCCACCUGCACUGGCACACUGUAGCCAAAGAGUCCUGCGGAGACCGCACCAUGAAUCUCCAUGACUACGGGAUGCUGUUGCCAUGUGGAAUCGACCGUUUCCGAGGAGUGGAGUUUGUCUGCUGUCCAGUGGAGGCAGAUCAAGAGUCAGACAGCACAGAGCUAGAGGGAGAGGAGUCAGACGUCUGGUGGGGCGGAGCUGAGACCGAAUACUCUGAUAACAGCAUGUCACGUCCGGCAGACACGGAGCCUGCCACCGCAGAAGGUGAUGAAGAUGAGGAUGAACAGGCAGAAGCUUUUGAAAGGGAUGAGAACGGAGAUGGUGAUGAAGGUGAAGAUGAUGACGUGACUGAUGAACGGGAUAGCGAUGAGCGCAGUGCUAACAUUGCUAUGACGACCACUACCACCACUACCACCGAAUCAGUUGAAGAAGUUGUUCGAGCUGUGUGCUGGGCCCGUGCUGAGUCAGGCCCGUGUCAUGCCAUGCUGGAGCGCUGGUACUUCGUGCCUGAGAAGGGCCGCUGUGCUCCCUUCUUGUUUGGGGGCUGUGGGGGCAACAGGAAUAACUUUGAAUCGGAGGAGUACUGCCUGGCUGUCUGCAGCAGCUCGUUGCCCACCAUGGCCCCCAGUCCUCCAGACGCUGUGGAUCGUUACCUUGAAUCUCCAGGUGACGACAACGAACACGCUGACUUCCAGAAGGCCAAGGAAAGCCUAGAGGCCAAACACCGUGAAAAGAUGUCCCAGGUGAUGAGGGAGUGGGAGGAGGCUGAGAGACAGGCCAAGAACCUUCCUCGCGCUGACAAGAAAGCUGUCAUCCAGCACUUCCAGGAGAAGGUGGAGGCUCUUGAGCAGGAAGCAGCAGGAGAGAGGCAGCAGCUGGUGGAAACUCACAUGGCGCGGGUGGAAGCUCUGCUCAACAGCCGCCGUCGCCUUGCUCUGGAAAAUUAUCUCAGCGCCCUUCAGGCCAACCCUCCACGGCCCCGUCAGGUGUUGGGUCUGCUGAAGAAGUACGUCCGUGCAGAGCAGAAGGACAGGCAGCACACACUGAAACAUUACGAGCACGUCCGCACAGUCGACCCAAAGAAGGCUGCACAGAUCCGACCCCAGGUUUUGACCCAUCUACGUGUGAUAGAUGAGAGGAUGAAUCAGUCACUGGGUCUGCUCUACAAAGUUCCCAGUGUUGCAAAUGAGAUUCAGAACCAAGUUGCACUUAUAGUGCAGAGAGUUCAGUCGGAGCUGUCUCAGCAAGUCUCUUCCCUGCAGAGCGACGGGCGGGUGGAUGGCAGGGUGAGUUACGGUAACGAUGCUCUGAUGCCUGAUCAGGCCUACAGCUCUGCUCCUAUGGACCCUGGCCUGGACGGACUCGGCUUCAUCCACCCUGAGAGCUUUAACCAACCCAACACAGAGAACCACGUUGAGCCUGUUGAUGCUCGUCCAAUUCCAGAUAGAGGACUGCCCACAAGACCUGUGUCUGCCCUGAAGCCAGAGGAGAUGCCAGAAGUGCGGAUGGAGACUGAAGAGAGGCAAAAUGCUGGUUAUGAAGUUUACCAUCAAAAACUGGUAUUUUUCGCUGAAGAUGUGGGGUCCAAUAAAGGUGCCAUUAUUGGACUUAUGGUUGGAGGGGUUGUCAUAGCAACUGUUAUUGUCAUCACCUUAGUGAUGCUGAGGAAGAAACAGUAUACUUCUAUUCAUCAUGGUGUAAUCGAGGUGGAUGCAGCAGUGACACCAGAGGAGCGUCACCUGGCCAAGAUGCAGCAGAACGGUUACGAGAACCCCACCUACAAAUUCUUCGAGCAGAUGCAGAACUAAAGAACUGCUCGUCACCAUUUUCUUCAGGCGUAUCCUACCCACACUCAUACAACUUGUAGGGUCUGUUCCACUCGGGUCCCUUGCCUUCAGCCCCUACACCUUCAGUCACUCACCUUGUUGAGGGGGGAGGGAAGGUGUGAGGAUUACUGCCAAGGCUGAUUUUUAUCUUAUUUGAAAGAUAGGGAAAAGAUCAAAGAAAUCUUUGUGCCAGUUUAUGUCUCAGUGAGGGGUUUAGGCCAAAGGAAACUGACAUGGAACAAAGCCUUCUUAAUCCCCGAGCUUACAUUUACCUGCAUUUGUUCAAACAAGGGUACCCUGUUUCAACUGCACCAUUCAGCCAAUCAGAACAACAACUUCAUAGUGUUUGUACUGAACAGCCACCACCCCUGUUGACUAUUUAUAUGAAAUCACAGUACUGUGCUCACAGCUGAGACCAGAAACAUGUAAAACCCCGGCAGUUUAAUUACCAGUCGCUCCUUCAUCGCUCCAGCUGUUUGUUCCUCAAACUGUCCCACAAAUCCCUGCUCCCCUGCUCUCAGAUGACAGCUGUGCUGUGUUGGAUGACGUAACGGCUCUUAGAGCUGGCAAUGGGAGGAGGGGCUCUCAGAGCGCCUCUCCGCACGACUAAAGCCCAAGUGUUUCAGGUUUGUUUUUCAAAAAAGGAAGAAAAAAAUGCAGAAAAAUAUACAUAAUCAAAAUAUGUAAAAGUUGAAAAACAUUUGUUUUGUUUUCUGAUUUUUUUAUGUGUAAUAUAUUAAGACAGAGAUUAGCUGUACGUAUAUGUAGUGCAUGGCAAUAUUGAUGACAGAUACAGUUAUGUUGAGGUCCUCAGGAGCGGUCCUCAUACUAGAUAUUUUAGCGGGAUUGUACAUUUGUAGUGUCUUCUUUGUGAUCUUGUGAUAUGAAGAAGAAAAAGAGUAUUCAGAAUCUGGUCUGCUUUGUUGUCACACAGACUUGCUUUAACUGAAUCUUGGCUCUUUAUGCUCAUCUCCAUGCUUCACUGUUGUGUUAGCUGCAUGGGCAAAAUGCUCUAUACUGUAUGUAAUAUAUGAAGUGUAAUAGUAUCCGAAAGGAAGAAGAUCGUGUUACUGUUUGCGUUCUAUGCACUCUGUCAUUUUGGAAAAAGUGUUGAUUAUUAUCACCAAAUAUUAUUGCUGUUAAGUCCCUGAUGCCAAUUCACACUGUCACUGCACAUUGGGUUUUUAUUAAGAAUGAAGAUCAAGGUUAAAAUGCAGGAUGGAGGUUUUUCUGAAAGCGUAUCAUUCCAGACUCAUCAUUCCAUCGUCUCUCUUGAUUGUAUAUAUUUGGAAGAAGGAGAUCCAGAGGCCCAGUUUCAUUGUCAAGCUCUGCCUCUCUUGACCGUUCCCUUGUUUGUUUUCAUCAGUCUUUCUUUUCUCAUGCUUCUCUUCUAUUUCUGACUGUCAGCAAUAUUGUACAGCACUUUGGAGUCAACAUGCAAGUAUUUGAUUGGUGGGAGUAUGAAGGUCAGAGCAACUCUCUAGACGGUCCCAUUUCUUCUCCAUUCCUUCACUGAGUCACACAUGCACAUUUUUCUACAUUUUCUAUGUAUACAUGUACAGUGCUUCUGUAUAUCCUGUGGUGGAUAUUUCUCAAUCUGCACAUCUGUCAUCCAGUCUCUUAAUGGCCCAUUAAGGGUGGGAGGAUGAGCACAUGUUGCAUCAGCACAAAGACACAUUUCCCUUAUUCCCUUAAUUAAGUUAUUCACACCACCUCCAGUCAACAUGAAUGUGACAUGCAUAUUGUGCAUUUAUACCACAGAAAUACAACACAUAUCACCUCUGCGCAUUAUGUCCACACGUACAGAAACACUAACUGAAGCUCUUAAUCAGGUGAAUGUUUAAAAUUUGUAUUGAUGCUCACUCUGGGUGUCUUUGAAGGCUAGUGACAAAAAGAUGCUUUUUUUCUCUCAUUGAGUCAGUGACCUUCCUCUGUGUGUAGUUAAAUGAACCAUUUGCUUAGAGUAAGAAAAAGCUUUCUACACUCACUAUACCAUGAAUAAAAUUUUGAAUGUACAUAUA